AAAGAUGUUUAUAAACUCAGCACAAAAUCAUUAGGGUUUGACUGCUUAGAAAUAAGAGUGGAAUGUCUCACCUUAGAGAGCCUUGAAAGACUUUGGGAAAACUACCUCUCUCGCUGCCUCGAUGAAUUCGCCAAGAAAUAUAUUCUAACGACUGAAGCUCUAGAGAAACUCAACCUGACAGUAAUGAAGUUAACAACUAUCAUUGAAAAAGAGGACUACGAGACAUGCAGAAAGUCUUUCACAGAACGUGUGAAGCCAUCGAAAGAAGUAACAAGUUCAGGCGCUGCUGUGAAACUGCAUGAAAUAACUGUUAAAAUCACCACCCACAAUAUUGGAAGUGAAAACCGAAAGAAGUUCAAUCAAAAUUUUGUAGCCGACGUUUUUUUGUUCGUGAACUACAAGACAGUCUCUCCGACCAAAGGACUUGGCACCUUUCUCAAAUAUUUGGAAGAUGAUUACGACCUGCGAAUCAAAGCAUUGGGGUUCGGCUGUUUGGGGAUAGGAUUGGAAUGCUCAAGUGUGGAAGGCCUUGAAUAUCUGUGGACGGACUACAAGUCAGGUCAACUCGAUGGAAUUGCCUCGAGAUGCCUUGUCACUGAUGGAGUAACGAACAAAGCUCCACCGCGAGAAGUAAAGUUGAGAACUUUUAUUAGAGAUGAAGAGUACGUCGCGUGUAAGGAAUCUUUCUUUGAAAGAAGUAAGCCUCUGACAACAGGUGCUAGUCGAGAAAACACUUCAUCACGUCAUACUGACCAUUCGAAGUCACAAGCUGAAGGAAACGGCUUAAAGGAAGCCGAACAGGGCGCUGAAGCUAGUUUCACAAUCACUACACGAGAUUCAGAAGGAAAACAGUUUUACAGCGAACAAGAACGCGUGACCGUCACCAUCAGAUCUCCGACAGGAGAAGAAGUAGCGAAAACAACAGAUGUUGAAAAUGGUUAUUACAAAGUACAUUACAAGCCGAAGAAACUAGGACGACACAACGUUACAAUAGAAAUCAACGGAUGGCCACUGACCAGUAGUCCCUGGAGAGUUAACGUGAAGCCGCAUCAGUACAAAGUAGUUAGGCCGUAUGGAUCGUUUGGAAGAAUAGAGGGAGAAUUUAUCGCACCGAUAAGUAUUGCAAAGAAUGAAAAAACCGGAGAAAUUGCGGUGGCAGAUUUUGUCAAAUACCGCGUUCAGGUUUUUGAUGAGAAUUUGAAAUACCCCAGGACAAUAGGGGGCGAGACGGGAUCACAAACUGGUGCAGCUGUGAAGAUUGGUCGUCCUGUGUCCAUAGCAUUCUUAAGAAAUGGUGAUAUGAUAGUCAUUCAUGGCGCUUUUGAUUUAAAUGAAAUGUCUCUAAUCACUAAUGAGGGACAGUUUAUCCAACAGUUCAGUGAGCACUUAAUAAAUCCCCGAACUGUGUCUGUUAAAGCUGAUGGAAACGGUCACGUGGUUGUUCUUGAUGAAGGUGACCGUAAAAUCAAGGUCCUUUCCUCAGACGGUGCUCAUUUGCUUCAAUUCUUCCGAAUCCCAGAUUUCGACAUUGACGUUACCUGCGUUUGUUAUCAUCACGACAAGGUCUUUUUGUCGUAUCCCUUAACGCACUGUGUUAAGGUUUUCAACGAGAAAGGUGAAUAUGAAUACAGCAUUGGCAGCGAGGGGUCUGGUGAAGGACAGCUCAUGUACCCCCGAGGUCUUGCUGUUGAUACUUUUGAUAACCUAAUUGUCUGUGACAGUAGCAAUUCCAGACUUCAAAUGUUUACUCAGGAUGGUGAGUUUCUCAGGUCGUUUGGUAAAGAAAUCUAUGCUCCCUUGGCUAUAACAGUUUGUAAAAAUGGGGACUUGCUUGUCACUGACAAUAGACAGCACUGUGUUGUUCAUUUACGAUAAGCUUUUUCCUCCUUUUUUUUUGUUAAUUUUUCUCUUUGAUCCACUUAUCCAGCAGUCUCUUUGUAAGCUAAUAAAUGUACGGA